AUGGGCAGAGCUACAAGGUGGCUAAAGGGCUUAUUGGGCAUGAAGAAAGAGAAAGAUAUAGAAAGAGACGAUGUUGCUACACCAAUUUCAAGUGACAAGAAAGAGAAGAAAAGAUGGAGUUUUGCCAAAUCAGGGAAGGACAACACACCAGCUAAUCUUUCAGGGAACAUGAAAGAUGCUGCCUGGCUCAGAUCCUACCUUUCUGAGACAGAAAGAGAGCAGAACAAGCAUGCAAUUGCGGUGGCAGCAGCCACAGCUGCGGCAGCCGAUGCAGCAGUGGCUGCGGCUCAGGCAGCGGUGGCGGUGGUGAGGCUUACUAGCCAUGGCAGAGGGACAAUGUUUGGUGGAGGAAGGGAGAGAUGGGCUGCUGUCAAAAUUCAAAAUGUCUUUAGAGGCUAUUUGGCUCGAAAAGCUCUUCGUGCAUUGAAAGGGCUGGUGAAGCUACAAGCAGUUGUCAGGGGCUAUUUAGUCCGAAAACGGGCUACUGCAACUCUUCAUAGUAUGCAAGCUCUUAUAAGAGCUCAAAAUGCUGUUAGAUCUCAACGUGCUCGCCGUUCUUUCAACAAAGAGAAUAAAUUUCCUGAACACAGACCACGAAAAUCCGUUGAAAGGUUUGAUGAUACGAGAAGUGAAUUUCACAGCAAGAGGCUAUCUACGUCUUAUGACAUGACUCCAUUUGAUGAAAACCCCAAGAUAGUUGAAAUUGACACCUACAAGCCUAGAUCAAGAUCUCGUAGAAUUAAUGUUGCUUUAUCAGAAUACAGUGAAGAACUUCCUUACCAGGCUAUCUCGUCACCUCUUCCUUGUCCAAUUCCAGCUAGAGUUUCCAUACCUGACUGCAAAAACUAUCAAGACUUUGAGUGGUACUUCACCGGCGAGGAAUGCAAGUUCUCCACAGCUAACAGUACUCCAAGAUUUGCCAACUCUGCCCGGUCGAACGCCCCUGCCACACCUGCAAAGAGUAUUUGUGGAGAUGCUUACUUUAGGCCUUAUUCGAACUUUCCUAAUUACAUGGCAAACACACAAUCAUUUAAGGCCAAAUUGAGGUCUCUUAGUGCUCCAAAGCAGAGACCGGAACCCGGGUCAAAGAAGAGGCUUUCACUCAAUGAAUUAAUGGCAUCAAGGAAUAGCAUAAGCGGUGUCAGAAUGCAGCGUUCAUGUACCCAGGUUGAUGAAGAUUUGGUCAUGGAGGGAUCUGUUAGUGAAGAGAUUCAUCCUUAUCAGGAAUGA